AUGACACUGGACGACGAUGACUGGGUACUGGACGACCUGGGUAGAGAAGCCGAUGGUCCGAGCAACGUCAAGGCCAUCGCCACCCGGUUCAGGAAGGCUGCUAUGAGCUGCCUUGAAGCCGACGACUACAUGUCCCGCCACCGGCUUUCUACUCUACAGUGUUUGGUUUUGAUGAUAUAUGCCAUCAACCACUCUCAAGGGAGUGGUUCAAGUUGGCCUCUGUUAGGGCUCACUGUGCAUGUUGCUAUAUCUUUGGGUUGCCAUGUCGAUGGUGAAAGUCUAGGGAUGAACUACAUAGAAGCCGAGCAGCGAAGACGGUGCUGGGCCUGCCUAAAGGUGCUCUAUAUGAUACAGGCUUUGUGUUUCGGCAAUGUCGGGCUAUUCGCCUUGCCAAAGUUCCAAGUCAGGCUACCGAUGGAUGUCGACGAUGAUGAUAUACGUCCAGAUUCGCUACCAACUCAGACAGAUGGACCAACCCAGAUGACCUACAUGCUUCUCAAAGUCAAGCUAUACAGUCUCGUGGAUCAGAUAGCUGACCAAAUCCUCGGCGUGGAGCCUCCUUCGCAUGCAAGCAUCGCUGCCCUUGACGCGGCCAUUGAGCGCGAGCAAGAAAGCUGGGAUGCAAUAUAUCGCAGCCACCUUCGAAGCGACAAGAUCCAGGGAUUUCAGCGAGUCCACUGGAACAUUUUGCACAGCCAUGCGCAUCAAAUCUAUCUGCUAAUCCACCGACCUCUGUUUGGCGAACCGGCCGAGAGCGGCUUUCUGCAACGGUCUAGGGCUAGAUGCAUAACAUCUGCGACUGCUCUGCUGGAUAUCCACGCGCUUUUGUCUGACGAAGAACGCUUUCGACAAUUUCGAUGGUACGGAUUCGGCUUGGGGAGUUUCCAUGCAUUCCACGGUGCAGUGACUUUGGCGGCUGCUAUCCUUCAGAACAGAGAUGGUGAAUCAAGCUACGAGAUGCAGUCGGUUCUCAACGAAACCACCAACAGAUUCCAGUCUCUUUCGGGAAGAAGCCCGAUCUGCGCCAAAGCAUACACAAUUCUCAAGUAUCUUCAGUAA